AUGGGUGCCAGACAAGAGCCCCCCUCGUCCAAGACGCCUUGCCGUCUGUCCAUCAGCACCUUGUCGCUGGGCCAAAGCUAUGCAGGCCACUCGCUGGAGCAACGGCUGGACCAGGCGUCACAACACGGCUACCAGGGCAUUGAGCUGUUCUACGAUGACCUGGAGUACAUCGCCCAGACUCUGCCUCUGGUGCCUCCGUCGUCGUUUACGACAACUGACUCAACCGUUAUCCCGACCACGAUUCUCAUGGCGGCUCCUACGACGGCACCGACCGACAGCCAACUGGUGCGUGCGGCAGCCCUCGUACGGGCCAUGUGCGCCACGCGCCGCCUGGCGGUCAUCUGCCUGCAGCCCUUUCGCCACUUUGAAGGACUUGUCAGCCGAGACGCGCGUGCCCAUCGGCUGGCGGAGCUGCAUCUUUGGUGCCGCCUUGCCGGGAUUCUGCGGACGGACCUCAUUCUCAUUCCAUCCAAUUUUUUGCCGGCCGGCCAGGUGACGGGCGAAUUCAAGUUUAUUGUGCAGGACCUGCGCGAGGCCGCCGAGAUUGCGGCCGCGGCCACGCCACCGCUGGGGGUCGCCCAGCAGGUCGACCGGCCCAACUUUGGGCUGUGCCUCGACACGUUCAACAUUGCCGCGCGCGUCUACGCAGACCCAGCUGUGUCCGGCGGUGUGCAGCCCGAGGGUCCGCAACGGUUGACGGAGUCAGUGAAAGAGCUCGCCGCCGCCGUCAGCGUCGACCGUGUGUUUCUUGUGCAGAUCGCCGACGGCGCCCGGCUGGCUGCGCCGCUCGUGCCGGGCCAUCCGCUCUACGACGCAGAUUCGCCGGCGCGCAUGACGUGGUCGCGGCAGCACCGGCUGUUUUAUGGCGAAGACGACCGCAGCGGAUACCUGCCCGUUGACCAAGUGCUGGCCGCCAUUCUGGGCGACCUCGGCUAUCGCGGGUGGCUGAGCUUCGAACUCUUCAAUCGGCGGACAAGCGGCACAGACGCGAGCGUGCCGGCAGAAAUGGCGCGGCGAGGUGCGGCGUCAUGGGCCAAACUUGUCGAGGACUUUGGCCUGGAGACGGGCGGCGGGGGCAAAACGGGACCCCAGACGCUCAAGGGAGCCAAAGUUGCAGAGGAGAGCUGUGCGACCAAGAGCAAGGAAGGGGGUGCUGGCGAAUCCCUAUCAAGCCGCAGUGGCAGUCAGCGCAAGUCGGUGGUGCGGUUGUUGACUCUGUGUGGCCUGUGUCAGCCGGGCAGUGAAGAGUGA